AAAAGAAUAAAGAAUAAGAACAUGUACGAAAAGAAGACGUAUCCAAGGAUAGGAGGAAAGAAUCGAAAGGAAGAAAAUAAGGAAAGAAAGAAAUGGAAGAAAAUCAGCCCGUCGCGUGACACGCGCCGAUAGGUGUCAAACGUGUGGCAGACAGACAGUUGACAUGACAUGAGAGAGGAGCAUCGGGACGCGGCCGUCGGGACGUGGUGGUCGGGCGCCGUGGCCCGGCAUCCUGUGGGAUAUUGCGCAAGCGGGAUAUUCCGCAGCUGCGCUCUUCGUACUUCGUCGAACGCUCGAAGGUCUGGCUGUUUCCCCACUCGCAUUAUCGCGCCGCCGAUUCAUGCGAUACGAAGGGGACACGUUGAACACCCUCCGUUGCACUCUCAUUGGUAUAACCGCCAGGUAGUGGGGAGGCAUGGACGCUGACUGGUCGGUAAACAUAGAACAGGCGCGGCAGACGUAGUACGGAGUAGGGAGUGUUUGAACAAGAUCGGCAGACUCAAGAGUAGCGGAGUACACUCGCCAACCGGCCUUCAUCCACACGGCACACAGAGAGACAGAGAGACAGUGAGACAACGAGACUGGUGAAUGAGGGAGAGUGGAGGUGAGGCGGCUCGAGCACACAGAACCCCGCUCAAACAACGUCGAUCGCUGCUCGCCGUGUGUUCUCAGCUCGUGCUUGAUGCUGGCCGUGCGCGACCAGCCCGCGCGUACAAUUUCAUACAGUGCGUUAUUCGCAACGUGUUGACGAAGUGAUCGAGCGAUCGUGAACUUUUCGGACAUAUAUACGCUCGUUUACGGUGUACUUUAAAGGAUUCUCGGUGUUGAAGGGAAGAAGAUAUUAUAUCUAAGAAGAUCGUGGAAUUUCUUCCGAAGAUUCUGUGAAUUUUUCCAAAGAGGAUAAUUGCUCGAGUGCGCGAAUUGUGUUUUAAACGUCGUAUCACGCAAGUUGGAGAAGCCAUAGAAAACGAAGGUGAAGUUUCUGUUUGUCGACGUACGAAUCAGAUUAUCGUGGACAGUGAAAUAUCAGUGAUAUUGACACAUGUAACUCGAUAAUAAUCACAGUCGUGUUUAGGAUAUAAAGAAUCGUGAGUAAUUGAAAUAACCGUGUGUUAACGAACGGUGUCAAGCAUUUUCGUCACCGAGGAGAAGAUUCGGGAACCGUCGCAUUACCAGCAGCAGCCGUGGUACCGCGGUUUUCAUGAUUCUCGUUUGACAAGCAGACAGCAACCCGCCACUCCGGCACCGGUUAGCUCUAUGACCAUGCUCCAGUCGCAGAAGCUGUACAGCGAUGCUGGUAGCCUCGGCGGCGCGAUGACCAGCGCCGCGAUGUCCACGAUGGGCAGCAUGGCGCCUACGUACAGCUCGAUCAACUCGGUAGGAUGUAUGCCUAUGGGUAUGUCAAUGGGUGUCGGUGUUGGACCAAGUUGCAGUCCUCAGGGUGCCGGCGGUUUCAACAUGAGCACCAUGAGUUCGGCAAUGGGGAUGGCAUCGAUGGGCGGUGGUGCUAUGGGUGGUUACGGGAGUGCCUCGAUGGGAGGCGGUGGCGCGUGUAUGAGCGCCGUCGGCUAUGGUCCUCUAACGCCAGGCGGCGGCGCCGGUGUUACCAGGGAUCCUCUUUCCCUUACCGAGCCAGAUUCGCCUAAUUCCGCUUUGCAACGCGCCAGAACCGACAAGUCUUACCGCAGGAGUUACACCCACGCGAAACCGCCCUAUUCCUACAUCAGUUUGAUAACAAUGGCUAUCCAGAACGCGCCCAGCAAGAUGCUUACGUUGUCGGAGAUCUAUCAGUUCAUCAUGGACCUGUUCCCUUUCUACAGACAAAAUCAGCAGCGCUGGCAGAAUUCCAUCAGGCAUUCGCUCAGCUUUAACGAUUGUUUCGUGAAAGUGGCGCGAACUCCGGACAAGCCCGGCAAGGGCUCCUUUUGGACCUUGCACCCAGAGAGUGGGAACAUGUUCGAGAACGGAUGCUAUUUACGUCGACAGAAGAGGUUCAAAGACGAAAAGAAAGAAUUAACCAGACAGAACAACAAGCAUCAACAACAUCAUACCGGAGCCGCGGCCGCCGCUGCCGCGGCAGCCGCCGCAGCCGCCGCCGGACACAACAGUCCGACCUCCCACGAGUUGGCUCAUGCAGCUAAAAAGACAACGUCUUCUCUCCACCACGGGCCCCAGCAACAGGACGACAAGGAUCUUCAUUCCCUGGUGUCGCAUCAUCAUCACCACUCGGCCGGUCUCCACCAACACCAUGCCUCGUUAAAGAGCGAUGCAACAGACAUAGGCGGCCUCCUGGGACCCGAACUAGGCGCUGCUCACGACGAAUUGACCGCCAUGGUCAGUCGAAGUCUUCAUCCUCACUUGAUCUCUGAACCCACGGCUCUGCACCAUGGAAUGGCCGGUAGUCUGAAACAAGAGCCACCGUAUACCGCUGCCAGUCAUCCUUUUAGCAUCACCAGGUUACUGCCGGGCGCGACGGCGGGCACAUCGCCAGGCGCGCAAGACAUCAAGCCACCGGAGAUGAAAAUGUACGAGCAGCUGCAUCAGAGCUACGCCAAUUUCGGCUCGCCUCAUCAUCCUCACGCGCAUUCCGCGCCACCGACUCAUCAUCAUCACAACGGCAUGCACACGGGCUCGAACGCGGCUGGUCCCAUGCACAACAUGACCAAUCAUCAUCACCAGGAGUAUUAUCAGAGUCCGCUGUACCAUCACGCGACCAGCGUGGCUAGUAGCAGCGCGCCCCCGCCGUCCUCCGUCGCCACCGCGGCUCCGGGCUUGUGACACCACGCUACCCACCCCUACGCCCUGGCCUGAGUCGCUGCAGCCGCGGCAUACGCCGCCACCGCAGCCGCGAGCAAUCCCUCGACCACGGCGAACAUCGUUCUCCCUGCGCUCGAUCAGGAUCACCAAGCCCAUCAUCAUCAACCACCCUCCUCUUCGACCUCCUUGUCGUCCUCGUCAUCGUCUUCUUCGUCCUCGUCGUCGGCACCCUCGCAGCCGGCGGCUGUCGUCUCACAGUCGGCGUCGUUGCGAGUCUCAGCGUCGAUACAACCGCCGCAACAGCGACGUCGGCGACGCUGCGAGGACAACGAGGUGGAUGCUUGCUGGCCCGUCGGCCACGAGGACGAUUACGACGAGGAGGAAGAGGAAGACGACGAGGAGGAUAUGGUGUGAGAAGAUGUUAGAACGGAGAAGAUUAGACCGGACCGUAGGAGGUGAGAGUCGCGCGGCUGAAUUCGGAGUUGAUCGUUGUCAAAAAGGGGAUGAUGUGGUGCGAACGGUGCGGGUGCGAAGGGGCGUUUCGAGACACGGAGGACGACAACUGGAGGACGCUUAGGAAAUCGUCGAGCUGGGCAGCUGCGAAUUUUGCGGUUUCUUUUUGUGGAAAGUGUGACCUUGAAAGGUUCGAUCGUGAUACACGGUUCUGGUCUGGCUGGUCGUGAGUUCACCUAGAUCAUUUUUGGAUACAAUGGGUUUUAAUCGGCUGUUGUUUCGCGAUCACGUACAAUAAUAAGGAAUAGCAGGCUCCUUCGCGACAGAAUCUUUUAAUCUCGCGUGAGUCGUAUUAAGUUGUCGCACAAUAAAUUUCGGAAGUUUUGAGACCAGAGAUACCAGUGACGUUAAAUCAAUAUUUCUCCUUUUGAAAUAAAAAUUAAGUUAUAACGCAAAGCUAAAAUCACUCGAAUCGAUACAUUUUUGUUGGUUUUAUUUUUGUAAAAACUGUGCUCUUGUUGUUUCGUUGUGUUUUUAUUUAUAAAGUAAAAUGAUCCGAUAAUUUGAUUUUUGUACGUUGUACUUUGAAACGAGUUAAAUACGUAAUUGUUUCGAAAGGCGUAUUAAACUACCAAGGAAAAUGCCAAAUCGAAAUUUUGCGUGGUACAUCGUACGUUUGUUCGCGAUUUAAAAAUGUCCGACGAAAAAGUUUUAUUGAAAGAAGAAAUUUAUUGUGCAACGAUCUAUGUUUAUUAGUUCUAUAGAAGUUCGAGUUGUAAUGCCAAAUAAGUACGAUGUCGAUCUUAUUUUAAAAUUACACACGUGUUCUAGGUAUUUUGAAUGAUAUUGAACUUUGAAUUAGUGCUAGUUGUUAACGCAUCUUCUAUUCCAAUAAUUAGAAAAUCGAUUUGAAAAAUUGUGCGACGAUUCGGAUAAUAUCCUCGUCGAUGCUGAUUAGUUACGUAGUUUAAUAUAAAAAUCCUCUUCCAUUUUCCACCAUUUCUCUCGUAGUUUUUUCAUUUGCAAAUUCGGAAUCGACGAUGUUUCAGCGGGAUCUUGUUUUGCAAUUAAAUUGAUAUCGUCGGCGAAACUUUACAACUGACAAGUUUGCAACAUCGAUAAAUUCUCUUGCGCGGCUUAGUAACAAUUUUGAUAAAAUCCGUAGAGUUGUAGAAAUUUCUAAAAGUGAAUUUUACGAGUUACAAGAAUCAGCUGACGAUAUUUGACGUAAAGUAAUAAAAUUUUAAAUAUUAUUCGUUCAGUAAAAGUUCAUGAUCUAGGAUUUAUUGUUUUUCAACUCGAUAAUAUCACGUAUUAUUUAUCAGUUAUCUACACGUGUUUAUGCAAACGCGUAUUUUUGCGAACGUAACUAAAGAACCCAGGUAAAAGUUCCCAACGUGUAUUUUCAACAUUUUUCGUACUUUUGCACGUUACGCGUAUCUCGCGUAUAUCUCUUCUCAAAGUUACCCAUAAACGCAUCAAUAUUCAUAGCAUUCUCUAUUAAUCGCUUAUUAACUAUCAUUAAUACCGUACAAAAGAAUCGAAGCAUUCGAGUGUUAUAAAUUCCAGUCAGUUUCCAUCGAUUUAUUUAUCACUUUUGGAAAACGAGUUAAAAUUCGCCGUUCGUUGUUUCAUUCCCAAUCUCUUGAACCUAACUUGUCCAUUUAUAAACGUACAACAUCUUUUAACGCGUUCGUUUAUUUCUGCUAAAAAAUCAAUUCUACAAGUCCGAGAUUAAUUCGUUUGAGUAAACUCUUGUCUCCUGGAUCGUAGAAAUUUUUGGUUAGAGGAACACGUGCGUUUCGAAACUCACGGUCGACAUCGUACGAUCGCUUAGUCGCCGGAUUAUCGUUCUGCUCUUCAUCGUUACACGACGCAAUCGACGUUGAAAAAGAAAAAUAUGUCAAGACGCCGAUUAAGCUGUACUCGAAUCGUGACAGACGGCCGCGAGACCAGAUAUACGAUUGCGAUGUAAAAGAGAAAAUAAAACGAAUGAAAUUCGUAGAUGCUCGACGAGUUCUCCAUUGACUUCCGGUUCGCGACCUUUUUCGACUGACGUUCACCACGCAUAGGUUUUUUUCUGUGAUACGCGACAACGAUGCGAUCCUCCGGCUGCGCCACACUCGCCUCGACCGUCAGCCGUUCUCUCGUUCCUUUCUUAACACGGAAACAUAAUCGUCGAUUCGUUCGAACGAUUCGUUUCUAGUCGCAAUACACGUGUGCAAUUUCCUUCUCGUCGGAGGGAAGUUGAUUGGGCGAGAUCGAGUCGAAUAUUUUCGCAUUUCGAGACACGAAUGUGAACCUUGGUUUCCCUAUCCUUUCUUUUAUUUCGUUGCUGAUUAUUAUGCGGAAUAUUAACUCGAAUAUAUAUGUUGCAAUCUCAUUUUCGUUUUGACAGGACGAACAAUUUUUAAUGUUCUUAAACAAUUUUAGAGUAGGGUUUUUAAGGCAGAUAAAGGGAAAAUUUUAUAUUUUCCUAGAUCUUAAGUUACCUCGAUUAUAGAAAGAUAAGAUUGCGUAGGGAAUAAUGCAAAGGAUACGACAAGAUUCGAUAGUUGAAAUUUUACAGAGCUACGUAGCUGGUUCUCUUUGAUUCGAUGAUUUUCACGUUUAUCAAGAUUAUCGUCGUUGGAUAAAACCGAGCUUGAAGAUGUCGUAUACUCAAUUACCAAAUAAAAAUAAUCGAAAGUUGUUAUCUAUAUAUUAUAUAUAUAUUUUUUAAUUUGUUUAGACACUAUCUCAAUAUGUUAACCGAAUUCAGCAUCGUUCCUUAGACUUUAUAACAUAAUUAUUUAUUAUAUUAUUUUGAAAUUAAAUAUGUUAUAACAUGGUAAAUAAUAUUUGACGAGAACGUGUGUUUGAUAUAAGUGAAAAAAGAUACAUGUUAAAUAAAUAUAACAAUUUUUUAAUUUUAUCUUUACACAGUAAUAUAACUACUAAGAUAUUUCUCUUUAAAAUAAUUGCAAGAUAUUCCUUUAUAAAGUAAGUACAAUCUUUUUUAUAUUUAUAACGCUUAUUUCAGAGAUAUAUUAUAUAAUAUAUCCAGAUAAAUAUCUUCAAACUCUGUUUUAUUACGAUUGUUUCUAGUUAACACUUGUUUAAUGAUAUUUCACAAAAAUUCUGUAUUUAAAUAACGUCAAAUUCGAUUUUUCCAAGACAAUAGCAAGUUUAACCUUUUAGAUACAGUACGCCACUAUAGUGGCUUUCGCGGAUGUAAUUUUAAAUCACGAGUUAUAGCGGUUCACUCUACUGGCCUAUUCGUUUGAACUAAAUCAUCUUUUUUAUUUGUUUUACUUCACACUUUUCUUGUCGUUUUAUGUUCGCAAUGUUUUAUAACUGUGUUAACAAUAUACAGACAAAAUAUAUGUCUUUGAUACCCCAGUGUCGGGUAUCGAUCGUUGCUU